AUGUCUUCCAACAACAUGGUCUUUAUUGACUACAUUCCAAAUUCACCCAAAGUCAAGAAGACUUCAUCAUUGGCCGCACGAUCCACCUCCACACCACUGGUCUCUCCUUCCAAGUCUGGUUCAACAUUAAAAGCGAGCAAAGGAAAUAUUAUGCAAUUUUUCAGCAAGAAGCCUUCUUCCAUAACGGAAAAGCAAGAUCUCGAGAUAUCAUCAUCAUCCUCCAAUGUUUUGAUUAACAAUAGCAACACCAAUCCAAUGGAUGCCAUUUCAAUAUCCUCCUCCUCGAGCCAGGAAUUGGAUCAAGUACCAAUUUCUUCUUCCAUGCUGAUGAUGGUGGAUGAUGAAAGAACCAACACCCUUCCUACAGCUAGCAAUGAUAUUCUCUCCUGUGGUAGCACUGGUAGCGAACAAUCAGAGGGUACUCUGAUGAUGCUGAUGGUCUCUUCAUCCAUGAUUUCCGAACCAUUGGAAUCAGACAACAAGAAGAAGAGAAAGAUGGUUGAAUUGUCAUCGAGUGAUGAUGACGAUAAUGAACAAGAAACAGAAUCCAGAAAGGAAAACAUUCCUCCCAUCUCCUCUCCACAACACAACAACGUCCUCUCAGUAUCUUCUCCAAAAAAGAAGAAGAAGAAGAAACAAGAAGUAACUGUUAACAAGUCUUCAUCAGCCAGUAGUACUCCAAUGAAUCAUGGUGAUCUUGUUCCAUCGACGACUAGCUCCUCUCCAACCACAGUCGAGGAAUGCCAACAACUCAUUCAACAAUUAGAACAAGAGAUUAAACAAUUAAAGCCAACAUUGGAAGAUUCUAAAAAGAUUAGAAAGGAUGAGAAGAUUCGAAAGUAUUUAAAGAAAUUCAUUGAAUUUUGCACAUCCAAUCAAGAAUUCCAGAGCAAUAAGAAUGUAUUUCCUGUCAAACUCACUUAUAUUAAUCUACUUGUUGGAUAUUGUCAAGGAUCAUUACUCGAUAUGGACCAUCUCAUUAAUGACAUUAGAAGUACUUGGAUCAAAGUUGCAAACAAGAAGAAGUAUGUUUCAACACCACUCACUGAGGAUUCACUUCCAUCGGUCGAUGCCUUUAAGAAUGCCAUUAACCUUCAUAUGGAACGAAAAUCAUAUGGUGUGAAAGACAUUUGUGAAAUGAAUGUUUGGGAAGCAAGAAAACUCUCAUCACUCACUUCAAAGCUUGGAUCCAAUGCCAAGGACUCAACCACUCUUGCCAAGCAAAUGAGAGGAAAUUUCAAAAAAGUUGUCGAUUCUAAAAUUAAGGAAAUUACAAAAUUGAACAAAUUGAAAGCAAAGCUUGAGAAGGCAAGUACAAAGAAGCCAACGAAGAAGGACCAAGUCAAUACUGGCUCUUCCUCUCUAUUAACUUCACCAAAGAAGAAUUCCACACCAGCCGUGAAAUGUAAGAGCAUCACACUUUUCACACAAAAGUGCAAGAUUUUACAACAAGAUCAGAUUGUAUCUGCUCCUGUAUGUAGAACUCAACAUGUCACGUCCUUGGAAGAAAUGGAUUCUGUAAUUGCUGCCCAAAAUCAUUCACUCUCUCUAAAGACUGUUCUCUCUGAAAUGAAAGAACGUGCUUCUGGCAAGAAAAAGCCAAAACGUAUUGUGCUCAAAUGCUUAUCUUUUUAUGGUAAAGCUCAAGUCAUGAAAAAGACAGAAGAAGGUCUUGUAUCAAAAAUCGUCACUGGAAGAAAACCAUUCGCAAAAGAUCCAUCUGUGACCUAUCCUGAGGAAGACGAUGAGGACAUGAUGGAAGAAGAUACUGAAGAGCUAGUUCUUGGUGAAUUAGAUCCUGUCGAUGGUGAAACUCUCGAAGGAGAAGAUGAAGAUGAAUCGGACGAAAUGGACUUUGAUGACGAAGAUGAAAACAUGGGAGACAAUACCAUUUGUGCCGAUGACAUUAUUGAAUACGAGGAUGGUAAGAUUGAGCACGUUGAAACUUUGGAUGUCUCUAAAAAGAAGAAGAAACUUUCUGACUUGGAUCCAAUCUAUGAAUAUUCGAAUCAACUCCAAGAGAGUUCAUUUGUCGUGGAUGAAGAUUUCACAUUUGAUAUUUCUGAGAUGCAUUGUAAUCAUGUUUAUUGGUGGGUGCCAAAUGAAAAGAAGACUAAGGAAGGAGAAUCGUCGACAGCAAUAGUUACAUCCACUCCAACUGGUGACACUGUCAUGACAUUACCAAAGAAAAAAGACAAAUCUUUGGAACUAACAUCACCAAAAAAAGAAGAUGUGUGGUCAGAAGACGUUCUUUCUCAUUUCAAAAACGUGCUAGGAACAAGCUCUUCACAAACAGAGAUCGUGAAGGCCAUGGUUGAAAAAUUCCCAGACCUCUCUAAGAACCGAAUUCAUAAAAAGAUUAAGGAGGUUGUAGUGAAGGAGAAACGAGAAGGCGAUUCGAAAGGAAGGUUCUACUUGAAACAAUAG